GGCUCCGCUCGGCUCCCGGCGUCAGACGGCUCCCGAGAUGGCUUGUCGCUGACAGUAACUGCUCUCCUCGUGGGUUCUGCGGAGCUGGCUGAGCUUCCACUUAUUGAAAGAUGUCACCACUUGGAGCAGCAUUGUCCUGUUCCUGUCUCCGUCCUGGUGUAUGGCUGCUGAAGGCAAGCAUACAGAAGAAGAGCUUCCUUGGUUUGCAUACAGCAGCCGGGUGUGCUGCCAAGGAUUAUUAUGAAGUACUUGUGCUGGGUGGAGGCUCCGGUGGAAUCGCCAUGAGUGCUCGGAUGAAGAGGAAAGUGGGGGCAGGAAAUGUAGCUGUGGUUGAGCCAAGUAAGACUCAUUACUAUCAGCCUCUGUGGACCCUGGUAGGUGCUGGUGCAAAGCAGCUGUCAGCUUCUGCACGUCCAACAGAAAGGGUGAUGCCUGAAGGUGUGGAGUGGAUUAAAUCUCGCGUUACAGCAUUGGAUCCAGAUAAGAACUGUGUCAGGCUGGAGAAUGAUGUCAAGAUAUCUUACAAGUACCUGAUAAUUGCCCUUGGGAUUAGUCUGCAUUAUGAAAAGAUCAAAGGUUUGCCUGAGGGUUUUCAUCACCCUAAAAUAGGUUCCAAUUAUUCAGUUCAUACAGUAGAGAAAACAUGGAAAGCCUUGCAAGAUUUCAAGGAAGGAAAUGCUAUCUUCACUUUUCCAAACACUCCGGUGAAAUGUGCAGGGGCUCCUCAGAAAAUCAUGUAUUUAUCUGAGGCCUACUGGAGGAAAACAGGAAAACGACCCAAAGCAAACAUAAUGUUCAACACUUCACUUGGUGUCAUUUUUGGUGUUAAGAAAUAUGCUGAUGCAUUGCUUGAAAUAAUAGAGGAGAGGAAUAUUGCUGUUAACUAUAAGUGCAACCUUGUUGAAGUUCGAGCAGACAAGCAGGAAGCUGUGUUUGAAAACCUGGACAAACCUGGAGAGACUGAAGUUCAUGAGUAUGAAAUGCUUCAUGUCACACCCCCAAUGGGGCCACCUGAUGUGCUUAUCAACAGCCCUGUCUCUGAUGAAAUCGGCUGGGUAGAUGUAAAUAAGGAAACUCUGCAACAUAAGAAGUAUCCUAAUAUUUUUGGUAUUGGAGAUUGCACCAACCUUCCAACAUCAAGAACUGCUGCGGCUGUAGCUGCCCAAUCUGGAGUGCUUGAUAAAACUAUUUCUCUGGUAAUGAAGAACCAGUCACCAACUAAAAAGUAUGAUGGAUAUACUUCCUGCCCACUAGUAACAAGCUAUAACAAGGUGAUUCUAGCAGAAUUUGACUACGAUGCUCAGCCUUUGGAGACCUUUCCCAUUGACCAAAGUAAACAGAGAACAACAAUGUACCAUAUGAAAGCUGAUAUGAUGCCCUUUCUCUAUUGGAAUGCGUUACUCAAGGGAUACUGGGGAGGACCAGCUCCUAUCAGAAAGCUGAUGCAUCUAGGCUUGAAGUAAAUGUUGGUUCUCAGCUCAAGUUCUUGAAAUAAGACUGGCCUCGUGCUGGAUGAGUACGUAUACUUCCUUUUGGACACCUCCACAAUAGACAGACUUUUUUAAUCAAGUUUUUGUCCCAAACUUUAACUUUCUGCCUCCUAGGGAUUAAGCCUUACUACUUUCUUCCAUGUGAUCUGAAGCCUUAAAUUAAUUCUGUAUGUAGAUAGCAGUUUCAACUCAAGCGUGAGCUUCCUUCAGCUGCAAGCCACUACUGAAACUUCCUACAGUAAUCAAUGCCCUUAAAUCAGUUUUGUAUGUAAGAGAUUUUCUGUGACUGUAGCUCAAAUUCCUUGCUUCCAUUAUCUAAACGUGCACUUAGUAAAAUAAUGCUAGUAAAACA